GGUUAUAAACAUAUACUAGGUACUGUUUUUUCUAUUUUAAUUAAAACUAAUUGACAAUUAAUGUUUCAACAUAGAAUCAAAGUUGCAAAUUCGAAUUUUUCCAUUCAAACAGUUUGAGAUGUAAUUGAGAAUGCGCAGAAUCGACCUGGAGCCCCGGAGAAUAGAGAACGCGUUAUUAUUCUGUUCAAAAUAUGUUUACUAUUUUUUGAACUUUGUAUUGAAUAUUUAAUUACAUCUAAAUCCAAAUUAGUUACUUUGCAAUUUAUUAAACAUCAAUAAGUUUGACGCUCAUGAGCCUGGCACGCAAAGAAUCAAUUGGAACGUACUUCGGUAAGUUUUAUGUCAAAUUUGAAAACAUGCCACAUACUAUUAUUGCCAUGUCCUAGAUACAAAAUACUUGAUUAACUGAAUAUAAAAUACGAAUUCUACGAAAGCAUGUGUUCGAAACUAUACAUAAGAUUAAUGUGAAUAUUUGACAUGAUAUUAAGAAAAUUACAUUUCAUUUUAAUUAUGUAUCACAUAAUAAGAAGGAUUUGAUGAUUUUUAUAUUAAAAAACGCAUGCAUACUAUUAAAUAAUAGAUAAGAAUACUAAUAAAUACUAUUUUUUUUCCAUUGAAACUUCAAUUUAAUGAUAAAUCUUUUAUCAAACCCCAACAUACUCUCUUCAAUGAUAGCAAAAUGACCGCCAAAACAUUUCAUUAUUUCAAUGUUUUUUAUCAACCUUGUAUAUGUUUCAAAUUCAAAUUAUAUGGUGAAUAACUUUUUUUUUUAUCGAAUACUAGAUAAGAAAUAAAGUGAGGUAUUAAAUUGAGCAUGCUGAAGUAGUUAAAUAUUUCAGGUAUUAUAUCGUAGGUAAAAGUCUUCGGAUGAUGGAAGUUUUUGAAACGUGGCAACCGUGCAAGAAGCCGAUGAGGAGGACAACGAGCGGGCACUUCUCCCACUCUAUAAUUCUGCGUUGUGCUUUUCCUUUCCCGCCGCACCGCUCUCAUUCGAGUUGUGGUAACCGAGUAGGACGCGUAAUUUGUCGAAUUUUCGAACCGCGCCUGUCAAUUUUUUAUUUGCAUUGUCGCGACGUUUGUCUAAUAAUUUCGCGACAAAGAAAACCAACUCAGUGAUCGGUAUUUUUAUUGAUCAACGGUUCGAUCGUUUGAGCGACCUGUAGUAGUGCAAGUGGGUUAUUGGCGGUGGAUGCCGAUCAAAGUGGAUUUAUUUAUGCCUACUUUGUGUAGUAGUGUUAGAGUGCCAUAGAAAAAUGUUUACAUAGCGAUAAUCGCGCGAUUGUGUUUUGUCGUUUAAAUCGUAUUCAUUCAAUUGCUAUUUUUGUUUCUUUGCCACGUAGUUCGUAUGUUAUUUUCGGUAUAAGUACCGUUUGGUUUGGUUUUGUGCGAUUUGCGACGUGUUGAGGGUUUUCGCAAGUUUCCGAUAGAUUACUUUUAUCGACGCUACCAUUAAGUGUAAACUAUGUACAGUGCGUGAUAAAAAAAGUGCUCAGUGAUUGCGAAACUAGUGUGGCAAUUUUUUGGAUUACCGUCGGGAUUUUUCACUUGGAUAGGAUUAUAAGGAUUAAUUAUACAUUUUUUUUAAGGAUGUCGACGACGUUAUUAUCAUCAAUGCUGGCCGUGAGCUGGCUACGUGUCACAGCAGGAUAAAACCGCAUAAAAUUCUUCGAAAAAAGAUAAGACAAUAGCAGGCUAGACCUGCAGGUCAUGGAUGUUACGUUUACCAACGUAUUGGAGGGGGCGCGACAGUACUUCCAGGGGCUGCCGACUGGCUCGAAUUCGGCGGUAAGCCCCGCUUAUUCAUCGGAAUCGCAUCUAAGGCACGAAUACGAACGAAGUAUUCCGACGUCUUCGAACGCUUAUUGGUCGUCGCAUGCCAGCGACGCCGUUCAACCUGCCAGAGAUCAUAAUGCGUUACAACGAGAACACGCGCCCGUCCAAAGGGAACAAUCGGUACUCAGAGAACACGCUUCGGUGCUUAAAGAUCAUUCGGUUAUACACAGGCCGUCGUCUCACGGUUCGGAUUCCUCUUCGCAUCUAUCUCAGUACGGUCAAACCGUUCCCGUAUCUCACGAACAGAACCGGCAGUAUUAUGCAGCCUCCUAUCAAGAACACUACCAACAACACAUACACCAACAACAACAACAACAACCCAUCAAACAACAACCGCACCAACAACACCAAUCCCAACUGCAACAACAAUCACCCGUUCAUUAUCAACAACAAAGACAGCCCUUCGAAUUUUCCAGACCUCAAAACACGAAUUAUACUCAAUACCAAUCUCACUUGCCCAACGCCGGCUCACCGUACCAACAAUCGCCGUCGCCUUAUCACCAAAUACCGUCGCCGCAACAACCCAGAGCCCCGUCGCGCGAACAAAUGGUACCCAGAGUACCUUCCAGAGAACAAACGAUACCUCGAGUCCCUUCGCACGAACAAUCGGCUCCCAGAACGUCUCAAUACUCCCAAUCAUCCGAUACGUACAAUUACACUCAAUCCGUGUCGUAUUAUCAACAAACCAAAAACGAAACCACCAAUAACGUACCAUACAAACACCCCGUUGAGCAUCAUUACCCUUCCGCUACGUCCCAACAACAAAAAAUGUACUACAAACACGUUUACGGACCCCAACAGACCCACCAAUCCGUAUUCGCGGCGUCGAGGCAGCAAGAAGAACAGCUCAGAACAAUCAGAACCACUCAUAAUUUACCUCCCAUAGCCGCGAUAUCCCAUUACCAUUCCAAUCGGGUCAGAGAACCGGUAAGACCGACUCCGGCCGCCGCAGAUAACAAAACCAGAACUUACGGCUCGAAUUCCUAUCAAUCCAACAGCCACAAUAUACAACAGACUUCGACACCGUCGAAUUAUCAACAAUACCAACCGAUAACCGCGACAACAACUACGCAAUCUUACAACCAAGUUGUAACGACGACGACGUGCAACUAUUACGCCAACGCCAACGCCAACGCCAAUCAAAAUCAGUCGUCUUCCAAUCGACAAUUUACCGCGAUCCCAUCGAGAAAUGUAACAAACGAACCGCCGAUUCCCUCUAAUAUAAUCGACAAUACAAACCGAGUGGUCGCCGUCAAAAGGGAAUCCCCGUUGGAUUUGUCCGUCAAAACGAUCCGAACGCCCGCCGAUUCCACGUUAAUCGACGCCGAAAACGAACGAACCAGAUACAGACCUAACCAAACUUUAACGGCCCACAAUUAUCCGCAACUAGACGUGAAUUCGUUUCAAAGGAACCUCACGCAAAGAUCGACUCAAUUAACGGCAGCUACCGCUCCCAAAGUCGAAUUCAGACCGAACUUCAACGUACCGACUUUACCGAAACGAUCUACCGACAAUAAAGUUUCGUAUAAAUAUUCGAUUCCGACGUCCGAUAAUAUAAAAUCGAAACCGAGGACGGUUCCGCCUACGCCGCGAUUCGUUUCCAACGAACAAAUGAAGAAACGGAGCGGCGAAAUCGCGCUACCGCCGACGGUACCAAACAAAUUGCAAAAAUUAACGACGACUGACGCUUGGAGGCAAUCGAUCGAUUUGCAAAUCGAGGAACGAUUAUCGUCCUAUAAACGACAACAAGCGAAAUUAUCGUCGCCCACGAAGAUACCGCUCGUUAACGGCUACGACAAACCGAAUUACGAACACACCGCGUUUCAUACGCAAACGUACGUACCGUCCGCCGGAACGCAUCAAUAUCCCGGCUACAAUCCGAAAACCACCGCUAAUAAUAAUAAUAAUAAUAAUAAUAAUUCGUUGACGAAUUCGAAAAAUACCGUCGGGGUGGAUAAGAGAGUUUUGAGUUUGUUGAGAAACAGUUUGGAGGUUAAGGGACAGAAAAAAUUGGAACAAUUGAAAUCGAACGAAAAUUUUUCAAUCAGAUCCGAUAUACAACACCCCUCGACCGACGUUACCGCCCCUCUACAACCUAAACCGGUAUUCGUUAAUAGAAACAACGUAUCGCCUUUCACCCCCACCAGUUUUCCCGAUAAUAACAACAUAACCGCCUCCUACAAAUUCCAUAUACCGAAAGCGGUGGAUUCCAUCAAUUUCGAUACGAACAAAACGAAUCGAUUAUCCGAUAAAGAAGAUACUGUGAUAAAUAACAACGCAAAUACCGAUUGCGACGGUUUAGCGGCUUUCCUAGCGGCCAGAAUACGCACCAAAGGCGAAUUAAAACAAGGCGGUAACAACAACAAAAGUCAAUUACACGACGUCAUCGAAAAACAACUUAAAUCGAAUAUAAAACAAUACGAUAUACCGCAAAUUACCGAUAAACCGCCCGUCAAACAUUACGAUAUACCGCAACUUACCGAUAAACCGCCUAAAUCGUCCGUAAAACAUUACGAUGUACCGCAAUUUACCGAUAAACCGCCUAAAUCGUCCGUAAAACAUUACGAUGUACCGCAACUUACCGAUAAACCGCCUAAAUCGCCCGUAAAACAUUACGAUGUACCGCAAGUUACCGCGUUUUGCGGUAGCGGUUCGACGCCGCCGAAAUCGGCGCAAAAAGACCGUCCGCAAAUAUGUUCGACGGCUCCGAGAAAAAGAUUGUUCAGUCGAAACGAAGAAGAUUCGAAUAUAAUACCGAUCAGGGAAGCGGGAUUGCGAAGUUCAUCGGAAACAUCGGUGUUCGAUUUCCCGGAUUCCGAUUCGGAAAACGACGUUAACAAAGAAAGUUUGGAGGCGAUGAGGAAAUGUAGAAAAUCCGUUAAGACCGUUUUAACUAUCGGCGAUUUAAAACAAGAAACUACUCAUCGACGUCCUGUUCUUCUUCUUCCACCCGCUCCUCCGACGCCGAGCGACGAUACGUUUUCGCAAGUUUGCGACAAUUUUUUGGAACAAUUGAAAAGCGGCAUCGGUAAAAGAAAGUGCAAAAAAAAGAAGAUAAUCGAACGGUUGAACGAUAACGCCGAGAACGGAGACGAAGUUACCGUGAAAAUCGAAAAAAUCGACGACGAAAUCAAAGUUUCGACGUGCGAAAUCGAUUUAAACAAAGUUAAAGAAGAAACCGACGCGAAACAAGAAGAAGAUUUGUUUGUGAUUAAAAGGAAAAGCGUUAGACGCAGGAUAUUAUCGUCGAGCGAUAGUAGCGACGACGAAAACGAUAAAUCGGCGGUUAAAGUUGUAAACGACGAAGUCAAAUCGACCGAGGAGGAAAUUAAAGGUUGCGGCGAAAAAAUUAGCGAAUUAACAUCGGCGAUUCGUCCUUCUAAGAAACCUUCGUUCGGCGACGGAUCGGCGUUUUAUCCCGGAUGGGAGGAGGGCGUUUACAAAUACAAAAAAUCGUUGCGCAUGCCCCCGACUCUAAUACAAGUCACCAGACCUCCGGUCUUCCACAGAUUGUCCACUUCUCUGCCCGAUUUGGACCCCUGUCCCCAAUCGCCCACCGCGUCCAUUCCCAACGACGACAAAGACGCGAAAAUCAAAGAGAAACGAAUCAAAUCCGAGCCGGACAGCGACGCCGAAUCGAAUUAUUCGGAUUUCAACGUUUUUUCCAAAAAAAUAAACUACGAUUCGGAGGGCAGUUGCUCGAUCAAAAGUUUACCGAACACCCCCGCCGGCAAAGAAACUUCGAUACUGGACAGAUUAUUGGAGAAAUGCGGCGGCAGAAAAAGGAAAAAAUACAAAAGGAAAGACGAUCACAGCCCGAAGACGGUGCCCAAAUCCGAAAAUCCCGUCGAAUUACUCCCGACGCCCAGUUUGGAAAUAAAACAGGAAGACGACAAAAAAACGAAGAAGUUAUCGAAUUCCCCCGUAAUCAAGGCCGAAUCUCCGCUACUGGGUUUCAGAAAAUCGACGAUGAGCAAUUUCAAAGACGCCUUUCUAAAAAGAUCCAACAACAUUUUGAACAAUCAAUUCACCACCGUAGUUUUGAAUUCGAGAACCCGAAGGGAGACUCGAGUGCAAAAACAAAGGGCGACGAUCAAAGAAGUGUUCGGCGAAGACCGACCCGCCUCCGCGCCGCCGGUCACCUGUCUCAACGACAUCCAAAUAAAGGAAGAGAACGCCAGCUGUUUGGGCAACCUCGUGGUCAGAUUGGAGAAGAAGGACGAUCUGAUCAGGGAAGCGACCGAUUUGAAAAGAGACACAAAACGCGAAACGACCGAAUCGAACAAAGAUGGAGCCGGCGAUCCGAUCGAACCGAAACCGUCGAUCAAAAUCGAAACGGAGGAUUCGAUGUUGGACGAGGACACGAGAAGUUUGGACGACGUCACCGUUAAAUCGGAAACCGCUUCGGUGGACGGCGACGACGGAAGCGCGUCGGGCCGGAAACGCGGCAAGUUCGGUAAAAUACGUCGGAAAUUCAGUUCCGGUUUCGAUUAUAUUAGAAAGAAGAAGAAAGUUAAGAAAGACGCGGCGGAGAACGAAUCCGCCGAAAAGAGAAAGAAGAAAUCGGCGGUGUCGAAAACUUUGGAAUCGGUCGACGAUAUACAGAGGGAAAUCAAAACUUGGGUGCUGAAUAAGGGGAUAGGGGAGACGCAUCUGCAUAGGGCCGCUAGGUUAGGAUAUACGGACGUCACAGCCUACUGUUUAGAAAAAACGGAUUGUCCUCCUUCGCCUAGAGACAACGCCGGCUACACUCCAUUACAUUGGGCCUGUUCCAAAGGGCAUCUCCAGAUAGCGAAACUUCUCUUACUCUAUGGCGCCAAUCCAAGUGAGAGUGCGCAGGGAGGCAUAAGACCUCUACACGAAGCUGUCGAAAACGGUUUCGUAGAAAUUGCGAGGUUGCUAUUAUCUUACGGCGCCGAUCCAACUUUAGCAACCUAUUCGGGUUUGACGCCCUUGGCGUUGACCAACGAUGAAGUGACUAAAGACUUUUUGAUGAAUCAUUUGAACGAUAUCGAAGGCGAAGUUGCAUCGCAGUGGUAUUCGACAGGACCGGCAUCAAUUUUUGAUCCCGUGGAUCAGAUCGGUUUCAACGUACUAGACAACGUCCCCAGUCCGGAUCCCGAAGAAGAAGAAGAAGACAUCGACUUCGAAAUGUCCGAAAGUCUUCUACCAAAUCUGUAUACGUUGUGCAACGAACCCCCCACCGACCGAUGGGUGUUACUCCAGGAUCUCUCGACCAUUCUCAAAAUAAAAUCCAGAGACGCUUUACUCAAACAGAUUUGCCCCCCUUCGACGUCCGGCGUCGUUCCCAAUAACAAAAACAUUAUAAGGGAACUCAGAAUGCCGGAGUUUUUAGAUCAGGCGCGGUGUUGCCAGUUCUUGAACGCCGGCGAGAAAAUCAACACGCGCGCCAACAAAAUCGCCCUCGUCAAAUAUACCGAUAAAGUUCGGGAACUUUUGAACAUCGAAAGUGUCGUGAUAAAGGCCAGGUGACCCGAGGGGUACCGAUCCCAUUAACUUUUCCUUUUUUUAACCCCCCACCCACUCCCCCUAUUUUUAUUUUUAUUUUUUCUACGAUAAUAAGGAGCCGUGAUAUUAUUUCUAAUUGUGAUUUAGGUUUGCAAUUUUGUUAUGAUGCGGUAUUUUCGAUAUUUCUACGCUGGUUUAUUUUAUUUUAUUUUUUUUUUUUUUGUUUAUCGAAAAAAAAAUUAUUGAUAAUGAUGUGAUGGUUUCGCAAUCGAUUAAUUCGAGUUCCGAGUGCAAUUUUGUUUUAUUAUAUGGAAAAAAAUCGAAAAGAACUUUUCGUUUCAACGUUCGGAAUAUUCAUUUCGAUUUAUUUACUGCGGAAUUGGUGUUUAAAUGUGGAAAAAUCGACUUCGGGGCGUGAUAAUUCAAUUUAAAAUCAUUUUUGUGCCCCCCUGCAACACUUUUUGUACCAAAAUAAUUAUUUUUAUCAUGUUUCCGAUGAAUUUAUCCCCUAAAAUGAGUUUUGCAAUAAUUUUGAGACUCGAAAAUUCAAAAAAAUCUAUUUUGGUACUUGAUAAUCCACAUUAAAAUCAUUUUUGUCCCCCCUGCAACACUUUUUGUACCAAAAUAAUUAUUUUUAUCAUGUUUCCGAUGAAUUUAUCCCCUAAAAUGAGUUUUGCAAUAAUUUUGAGACUCGAAAAUUCAAAAAAAUCUAUUUUGGUACUUGAUAAUCCACAUUAAAAUCAUUUUUGUCCCCCCUGCAACACUUUUUGUACCAAAAUAAUUAUUUUUAUCAUGUUUCCGAUGAAUUUAUCCCCUAAAAUGAGUUUUGCAAUAAUUUUGAGACUCGAAAAUUCAAAAAAAUCUAUUUUGGUACUUGAUAAUCCACAUUAAAAUCAUUUUUGUCCCCUCUGCAACACUUUUUGUACCAAAAUAAUUAUUUUUAUCAUGUUUCCGAUGAAUUUAUCCCCUAAAAUGAGUUUUGCAAUAAUUUUGAGACUCGAAAAUUCAAAAAAAUCUAUUUUGGUACUUGAUAAUCCACAUUAAAAUCAUUUUUGUCCCCCCUGCAACACUUUUUGUACCAAAAUAAUUAUUUUUAUCAUGUUUCCGAUGAAUUUAUCCCCUAAAAUGAGUUUUGCAAUAAUUUUGAGACUCGAAAAUUCAAAAAAAUCAAUUUUGGUACUUGAUAAUCCACAUUAAAAUCAUUUUUGUCCCCCCUGCAACACUUUUUGUACCAAAAUAAUUAUUUUUAUCAUGUUUCCGAUGAAUUUGUCCCCUAAAAUGAGUUUUGCAAUAAUUUUGAGACUCGAAAAUUCAAAAAAAUCAAUUUUGGUACUUGAUAAUCCACAUUAAAAUCAUUUUUGUCCCCCCUGCAACACUUUUUGUACCAAAAUAAUUAUUUUUAUCAUGUUUCCGAUGAAUUUGUCCCCUAAAAUGAGUUUUGCAAUAAUUUUGAGACUCGAAAAUUCAAAAAAAUCAAUUUUGGUACUUGAUAAUCCACAUUAAAAUCAUUUUUGUCCCCCCUGCAACACUUUUUGUACCAAAAUAAUUAUUUUUAUCAUGUUUCCGAUGAAUUUAUCCCCUAAAAUGAGUUUUAGCAAUAAUUUUGAGACUCGAAAAUUCAAAAAAAUCUAUUUUGGUACUUGAUAAUCCACAUUAAAAUCAUUUUUGUCCCCCCUGCAACACUUUUUGUACCAAAAUAAUUAUUUUUAUCAUGUUUCCGAUGAAUUUAUCCCCUAAAAUGAGUUUUGCAAUAAUUUUGAGACUCGAAAAUUCAAAAAAAUCAAUUUUGGUACUUGAUAAUCCACAUUAAAAUCAUUUUUGUGCCCCCCUGCAACACUUUUUGUACCAAAAUAAUUAUUUUUAUCAUGUUUCCGAUGAAUUUAUCCCCUAAAAUGAGUUUUGCAAUAAUUUUGAGACUCGAAAAUUCAAAAAAAUCAAUUUUGGUACUUGAUAAUCCACAUUAAAAUCAUUUUUGUCCCCCCUGCAACACUUUUUGUACCAAAAUAAUUAUUUUUAUCAUGUUUCCGAUGAAUUUGUCCCCUAAAAUGAGUUUUGCAAUAAUUUUGAGACUCGAAAAUUCAAAAAAAUCAAUUUUGGUACUUGAUAAUCCACAUUAAAAUCAUUUUUGUCCCCUCUGCAACACUUUUUGUACCAAAAUAAUUAUUUUUAUCAUGUUUCCGAUGAAUUUGUCCCCUAAAAUGAGUUUUGCAAUAAUUUUGAGACUCGAAAAUUCAAAAAAAUCAAUUUUGGUACUUGAUAAUCCACAUUAAAAUCAUUUUUGUGCCCCCCCUACAACAUUUUUAUAUUAAAAUAAUUUUUUUGAUGUCUUUCCGAUCAAGUUACCUCUUUAAAUGAGUUUUGUGUCUACGAAAUUAUUUUUAUUUCAAAAAAACAAUUUAGAUACUUCAUAAUGCACAUUAAAAUCAUUUUUGUCCCCCCUACAACACUUUUUGUACCAAAAUAUUUUUUUUCACUUUUUUUCGAUGAAUUUAUCCCCUACAAUAAGUUCGUUCAUUCAUAAAUUUUUGUUUAGAAAAAAAAAAAAAAAUAUUAUCGGUAUGUUCCUUAAUACUAAUCUGACGAAAUCGUUUUGUUUGUCCCACAACUCGACAUUGCAACCAUGUUGAAUUAAUAUUUUUCUAUCCAAAAUUACUCAUAAAUACGAUAAUUUAAAUUUGAAUAUACAAAUUUGAAAUAUAAAGCGAAAAUUUUCGAAAUUAUACAGGGUACUCGUUAAAUACAAUUCUAGUAAAUAUUUUUUAAUGAAUAUUUCUAAACGUUUAAUUUUGUUACUUAACAAUAUUUUUUGUUAGUUAGCUACCAAUAAGAUAUUGAAAUAAUAAAUUUGGUAUUUAAUACACUAUAAAGUAUAUUUUGACGUAUUAUCAAUCAAUUUUCCUCCCAAUCUGUCAUUUGCUGUUUCUAAAACUAACCUGAGGUCAUAAAAUAUUAAUUUAGAAGAGUUUGAAAAUAUUUCAUGGCUGUAUAAUCGUAUAGACAAAGGCUAAAUAACAGAAGAAAGGUAUUUAAUUUGGCCUCUUACAAUAUAAUACAACCAACUAUACGGAAUAGAAUGACGACGAUAUUUAGUUUAGAAUUAAUGGAUUUUCAUCUUGUUUACGAGGGUUUAUUAAUAGAAAUUGAGGUUAUACCAAAACCAAUGAUUGAUUUUACAAAAUAUAUCAGUCAACUUCGUUUCCCAUCUGCAUCUGUCGUCCGAUGCUUAUAAAGAUAACAUAAGGUACUAAAAUAUUGGUUUAGAUGAGUUCGAGAAUAUUUCAUGGCUAUGAUAUAGAUAAAUUACAGAAGAAAAGUACCUAAGAUUCUUGCCAAUGAUUAAUUUUGACGUUUGCUUAUGCAUGAACUUUUUGAAAUACCCUCAUAAGUUGUUUAGAUCAGUUUUAAAUCUUUUAAUUUUCUCAAAAAUAUCUGAUAAACGUAGAAAAAUGCAUAUUUUCAAAACAUUACAAAAAAAGAGAAAUAAAUAAACUUACCUUUGUUGUUAUUAACUAAAUUUUACCACUAGGACAUUCGAUAAAAUGAAAGCUACACUAUAACACUAUGGUAUUAGUUUUAUAUGUUUCACUCGUUGUUUUAUGAAGAAAUGCGUUGAACAAUAUUGUUUUUAUUAAGUUUAUUUCAUUUAAAAUUCAUUUUAAAACAGUAAUCUCAUUAUUUAAAUAUGAAUUUAUAGUUAUUCACUUCGUUAUUUGUUUACAACUUUUAUAGUUAUUUCUGACAGGAAGAUAUUCAUUGAAAACACUUCUUCUUUUAUUUCCAGUCUGCUGGCCUUUUGCUUUUUGGUAAAAAUGUAUGUAAACAAAAAGAAUUCAUAAAAAGUUUUGUUUCAGUUGUUGUUUUAUGAAGAAAUACGUUAAAUAAUGUUGCUUUUAAUAAAUUUAUUUCAUUUAGAUCUUAUUUUAAAACAGUAAUCACAUAAUUAAAAUAUAAAUUUUUAUUUACUUACCUUGUGAUUUGUUUUAAUUGUUUACUAUUUUAUAGUUAGUUCUGACGGGAAAUUAUAUGUUCAAAACACUUCUUCUUUUUUUUACGGUGUAUUACAGUUGGCCUUUUUCUUUUCGGUAUUAUGUAUCUUGUAUAAUUGGUUGCAUAACUAAUAUUUAUUUUUCCAUAAAAAAAAAGAUUUUGAUCGAAAUAUUUGAUGAGUUUUAUAGCAAUUUUAUUUUUAUUGACGUUUGUUUAUACAUUUGAUGAAUCUAAAUAGAUUUUUAAGUUUGUUAUUGUUUUAAUUUUUUUCAAACCAUCACAUUAAAUUUAUUUUUGUUUGGAAAAUGUACGCAGAAAUUUAUUUUUUAAGAAUUAACUGAUAAGUUACCAGCUUUUUAGAAAAUUUUACUUGGAAUUUAGGCAUAAACGUUUAGAUAAGGAUCCAAAGAUUGAUAUCAUUUUGUUCAAAAAGAAAAUCGAACUGAAUUUGAUAUAUCGAAAAUAAUGAUUAAUUUUGACCAAUUUUAAGAAUUAAAAUUACACAGAAUUGUGUCUAAAAUGGUAAAAUUUGUGAAAGAAAUCGCUUAAAUUACUGAUAAAAAGUUUAAUUUUCGGUAUAUUUUGACCAAGUGAUAUUAAUCAACAUUUAAUGUUGUGAAAGUGCAAUUUUUGUGACUGUGUAAAAACGAAAUGGUCCAGAAAAAUAAUAAAAAAUAGUUAAAACAGAAUUUUAUAUAUUUAUGAGUUAUGUGAUGUUAAUAGUAAGAACAGAAAUUAGUAACACUAAAAAAAUGUAAUUUAAAAAUAAAAAAACUCGUCUAUGAAUUCGAUUUUGUUAAUACUGCCCUUAAAUAUUGAAAAACUAAACACCUCUCGUUAAUUAUCAUUGAAUCUUAUACAACUAUUUCAACUUGGCAACGAUGUUAAACUCGCAUGUCUGCAAAACACUUCAGAUAUUUUACACCGUUGCCGCGUUGUAAUUUUUUUCUCUAGUUGUUUGCAUAAAAUAAAUUAACUCGCCUAUUAAUUCGAUUUUGUUAAUACUACCCUUGAAUAUUGAGAAAAUAAAAUGCGUAAAGUAUAUAUGGCAUGGUACAUUCAAAAAUUAGCAGCUCCGAAUAAACAAAAUAAAUUAUCAGUUUCUCUUGUACAACUAUUUCAACGUGGCAACGAUGUUAAACUCGCAAGUCUGCAAAACACGUCAGAUAUUUUACACCGUUGCCGCGUUGUAAUUUUUUUCUCUAGUUGUUUGCAUAAAAUAAAUUAACUCGUCUAUUAAUUCGAUUUUGUUAAUAUUACCUUUGAAUAUUGAGAAAAUAAAAUGCGUAAAAUAUAUAUGGCAUGGUACAUUCAAAAAUUAGCAGCUCCGAAUAAACAAAAUAAAUUAUCAGUUUCUCUUCUAUAACUAUUUCAACGUGGCAACGAUGUUAAAGUUGCAAGUCUGCAAAACACGGCAGAUAUUUUACACCGUUGCCGCGUUGUAAUUUUUUUCUCUAGUUGUUUGCAUAAAAUAAAUUAACUCGUCUAUUAAUUCGAUUUUGUUAAUAUUACCUUUGAAUAUUGAGAAAAUAAAAUGCGUAAAAUAUAUAUGGCAUGGUACAUUCAAAAAUUAGCAGCUCCGAAUAAACAAAAUAAAUUAUCAGUUUCUCUUCUAUAACUAUUUCAACGUGGCAACGAUGUUAAAGUUGCAAGUCUGCAAAACACGGCAGAUAUUUUACACCGUUGCCGCGUUGUAAUUUUUUUCUCUAGUUGUUUGCAUAAAAUAAAUUAACUCGUCUAUUAAUUCGAUUUUGUUAAUAUUACCUUUGAAUAUUGAGAAAAUAAAAUGCGUAAAAUAUAUAUGGCAUGGUACAUUCAAAAAUUAGCAGCUCCGAAUAAACAAAAUAAAUUAUCAGUUUCUCUUCUAUAACUAUUUCAACGUGGCAACGAUGUUAAACUUCAAGUCUGCAAUCAGGUCAGAUAUUUUACACCGUUGCCGCGUUGUAAUUUUUUCACUAGUUAUUUUGAAUAAAAUAAAUUAACACGAUUUUGAUAAUACUACUCCUGAAUAUUGAGAAAAUAAACUGUGAAAAAUAUUGAGCAUAAUAUAUUUAAAUUUGAUUAAUAAUUGAAUAAAUUAUUAUUUAAUCAUCUAAAACGCAUAAAAAUGACGACUUUUAGGUUAAGUUUGGAAGACACGACAAAUGUUUUACAGCGUUGCCGCGAUGUAAUUUUUUUCUAGUUGUUUGCAGAAAAUGUAUACAACUAAAAAUUUUUAUUAAUUAGAAAUUGUGACUCCGUUUUCAUGAAAACAAUAGUUUUUGAUCUACCCAGUUAUCAAUAAUUAUAAAAUGCAAAUAAAAAACGACAAAAAGCACAAAAACAACUAAUUCGGACAAGAAUUUCCAAUUUCGACAAUAAAUCAUACAACACUGGAGACUUAUGCUACACGGCUACCAACUUUUAGAAAAUAAUUCUCCCUAAAACACGAGCGAUGAUUCCACCAACACUUUUGAUUGUCAAAAUUAUAAAUUUCACUACUAGUUAUCUACAAAUUUAUAAAAUAUGUGAUUUAAAUAUUGCUUGACGUGCCUAGGUUUGAAAAUAUGAAAAUUAUAACAAAAAAAUUAAUUUAAUAAAAUAUUAAAGUGUCAACAAUGGAUUUAGGUUAGCAAAUUGUCAAAAUGGCCGCCGUGGGGCACACAAAUGCUUUUGCUAUAAAUGUUGAGGGAUUUGUAAAGUUAUUUGAUGGAUUUUAGACUAACUAAAAAAAUACUUCGAAAUUACUCAUUUUUAGGUGCAUUAAUUUCACUGAAAAUUAUCUAAAAAGUAUCUAUGGAGUCCUAUUAACAAUUUAAAAUAAAGAAACAACACAAAACAACUCUCGCCAUCGGAAGUAACCAAAAAAGCACGGACACGUACGUGAUAAUCGAUUGUUUACCCCACGGCCGCCAUUUUGACGUAGAUCAGCUGUUUUAUUAGAUUUCCUAAUAAAAUGCGUCAUUAGAACAUUCGAAUUACAAUAUUAGACAUUGACAGGAAACUUUUUACUACGCAGUUGUCAUUUUUUUACCAUUUGACAAUUGAAAGUCGUAAAAAAAUGUGACAAUCUAACAAAAAUGGUGACGAGAUUGCGUUGAGCGACAAAAAAAAACUGUAAGAGGCGAUUUAUUUCACAAGAAUGACAAUUAUUGUUAUCAAUAAUAUUUUCCUACGAAAUCUUAGACUUGGGGGUUGAUACAAUCAACGAUUGGGGUUGGGGACUCGCUUGUACUUGACGGUUGGUCAUUAUCCCGAAUAUUUUCCACUCCUCUUAUGUUAAACAUCUAUUAGGUAUCUUCUUCUCUUCUAAUUCUACCUGUUAGAGUGUCAAAUGAGGUUUACAGUACCCAUUUCCUCUAUUGUCUUCUUCUCUUUCCAUUCUUCUGAAGUUUUCUUCUUUUUUGAGUUUUUGUUUACUGUUUUAUUUACUUUUAACAUUUACGUUUUAUCCCUUUUAGUUUUAUUGAAUAUUCCAAAUCCAAAUCUAUAUUUUUAUAUCUAGGUAUUGUUUUUUUUACAUUAUGUAUCAAAGAAAUUAUUAUAGACAACGAACCAUACACAAAAUUUGCAUAUAAAAGUUGUAGAAUCAAAAAAUCUAACCUUUCACCUAACAUAACCUCAAAUAUUUGAGAGAAAAUAGCAAAAAAGAUUCAUUAGUUUCAUUAGUUUGAGGUUAGGUGAAAAAUAAAUUACAGAUAGUUUUAUUCCCAAAUUUCCCCAACUAUAUCUUAGUACUACAAAAAUCCCGGAUAUAAUUAAGUAUUAAAUAUUUAUUUUCCCUAUAAAAAGCACUAGCGUGAUAUUAUUACAACAUUUUAAAUUGAUAAUAACUUUGCAUAACAAAUUUUAUCACCUAUGAAAAAUUGCAAAUCAAACCAUAUCUCAAUCAAAUUGUUUUUUAUUUAUAAACUUUUAUUUGUAAUUCUAAAUAAUAUUUAUCCAACGUCGGUGUGUUAUAUUUAUUUGAAACAAAAUAUUUUCAAAAGUUUCAUUUCCUAUUUGUGCUGUUCACAACUAUCGCGAUUAUUAAUUUAAAAAAUGAAUCAUAUCAAUAAUAAUUGUCAAGAAAUUAUUUGCUGGGCAGUGUUUAUUUCCAAUAUUUGAUCAUAUAAAUAUAAAGUAAUUUGAUAAUUUCGAUUUUGUUUCACUUACCUUAAAAGUUUCUAACCUCAAAUUUAGUUCUUGCCUUGGCCUUACGGAGACGAAUAACACUUGAUGAAAUGCACUUACAGUUGCGUUAUGGACUAAACACUUGAAUUUAAUUUUCAAAACAUAAAUUCAUAAUUAAAUAUUCAUAUCUGAAUCACUAUAGUUUACGUAUCAAAUCAUUUAUCACCAGAAAUUUACAACGUUGCCUAAUUUAUAUAUCUCAUAUUCCCUAGCCAGUCGUGAAUUAGGCAUGAAUUGACGCCAUAUUCUUUACUUGUCGCUGUCACAAUUUACCGCCAGACUCGUUAUAGGCCGGUCAAAUUUUGUUAAAAAAAAAUUGAAAAAAAAAAACAUCUCCAUUGUAUUGACACAGAUUGUAGUUCAACUUUUUUGAAUAUUUAAAUAAGCCGCAGAUAUGAUGUUAACGCCCUUGCCAAUAUAUUUCGCGUAUGAUGUCAAUUCGAUCGUACAUAAACUGUGAUUUGGAACUUUCACACCUAACCUUAAAAUCGUUUCACUUUAUUAAAAUUGUAUGUAUGUAUACAUAUUUCCUCCUUUUUUGUAUCACUGUAGAGCUAAACGAUUCGUAAAUGUUUUGUUUUACUUGAUAUUUUUCAUAACCUCAAAAUAUUGAUCAUAUACGACACUAAUGUUUGAGACAUAUUUCGAGAUAAUAAUUGUUAUCAAAACGCUCAGGGACCGUAAAAGUACUAUUAAUGAAAUUAAUAAUAAAAAAUGUUAGUAAUAGUAAUAUACGUUUGUAUAAAUGUAAUAUUAUGUAGAAAUUAAAAACGAUAUACGUUGUAAAUAUUUAUUUUUUAUUUUUUAAGAACGCUUCUAUUUCUAUUUGGAAGAGUGUAAAUGUAAUAUAAUAAAAGUGAAUAAAAAAUGACAGACUUUCAGAGUAAUUGACAGAUUCUUAAAUGUCGUCCCGAAUUAAUUAAAUGUUUAAUGUUACUUUGUACUCUAUAAAACAAAAAAAAAUAUUCUAUUAACAAGUAUCUCUUACCUGUUUGUGAUUUUAUUUUAAAGAAAACUUCUUCCAGAUGUGCUUGAUUUAUUUUUUCCCAAUUAGUUUUUAUAUUCAUUGAUAGUUUUCAUAAAACUCCUGGACUAUAUAUAACUUAUGUUGAAGACAACACACUAGACACAGGGUUGCCAGAUUUCGUUUAAAUAUUUUGUAAUAAAAACUAAUGAAUAUCUUUAACUUCUUACUUUUAAUACCUUUUUAUGUUUCUUUUGAUAAAUCGCCUUUUUUGAUAGAAAACAAGUUUCAAAAUACAGAUAAAUUAAAAGAGACUUAAAAUGAAGACGAACAGCUUCUCUAUUUUAUUAUAUACACAGAUGAUGCAAAGAAUUGUUAACAGAAUUGGCAACACGUUAUUAACUUUUGCUGAAGAUUCGUUUUGUAUUAUUUCAACAAACAAAAAUCAUAUAUUUAUACAAUGAAUACCUGAUAAAUACACCACAUGAGCAAACCAUUAGUUUUUCUCACCUUUUUUCGGACGUUCUGAAUCGAUCUUAACUUGCAAAUAUGAAAAUUCUACACAAUCUGACAACCUUGUUAUAUUUUUCAUAAAAGAAGUUAACUAAUAAAAAAUGUCAUGAUCAUUUUCACGUUUUUGCUUGUGUUGAUACUUUUUUAUCUUAUAGUUUUUGUCACUGUUGUUAAGUUAUAUUCUUCCUUAUUUGAUAUUAUUAAAUUGAGGUUAUCUACCACGUAAACUGUUUGUUUGUUUAAAUUAUUGAAAUGUGAUUUAAACAACGUCAAUAUAAAUGAUUGGAAUUUAUUCAAAGGUCGAAACGAUUUAAAUAAAAACCUGUAUAGAGUACAUAGUAACAAAAAUGUGAAAUGAAUGUAAAAUAUAAAUAUUUUUUCCCUCUCAAUGUCUGUCUGUGUCUUGCUUUGUAAAUAAGAGUUUCUCGUAACAGAAAUCAAAGUGGUUAUUUUUUUUUUCUGUUUGGGUCGUCUUUAAGUGAUAUCUACAGAAUUAAUUGAGUCAUACGUGACAAAAAACUAGCUUGGAUGUUUUAUAAUCCAGACGAACUGUUAAUAAAAUUAUUUUUUUUUCAAAUUUAACGUCCACCUGUAUGUUUUUGUGUCAUUAAAAUUCCACGAAUGGUUCAUUUGAAACAUUGUUUAAAAUAAAACAUUUUUUAAGGUCUUCGCAUACCUUGAAUAUAAAAUAAUGAUUGCCCAAUAUAAUUACGCAAUUAUGUGAAAUAUUUUCAUUUAUAUUUAUAUAUUUAUUUUUUAAUUUGACACUAUACAAUAGACGACAUAAUUUUGUUAAAAACUUAUAUAACGUGUUAAUGUAAUAUACAGAAUGUCCAAUUAAAAAUAACGUGGUAGUUUUUGUUUCAUGAAAUGGCCCAAUUUAUUCUUUAGUUUUUUUCCCUCGAUUAGAUAUCUUGUACAAUCAAAAAGAGGGUUAUCUGUGAUGAAUAACUUGAGGCAAAGUGCAAUGCUUUUCUGUAAAAUGAUAUUGUGAUUUUGCCAAUUUGUCCUAUAUGUGUGAAUUAGAAGAUAUUUUUAAUUUAUCCAAUUUUUUUUCACAUUUUUAAUGUUUUCUGUUGUAUAAAAUAUGUGAAAUACUAAUAAAUAUUAUAUAUCCAGAAAA